GUUGAAGAAGCUGCAGAAAGUUUGGAGUAAAACCGACCUCAGCCACACUGGAGGGACCUCAAGUCACCGGCACUGACCGAGCAUGGACGUCCUGAAGAUGUUGGCGCUGCCUCUUCUCAUCACCUUAAUACAGUGUCCUCUUUAUCUGUCAGUGAAAGUCAGCAGCAAAAAGCCUAAAGUGGAAGUCCAUGAGCAUUCAGAUGCUGUUCUUUCCUGCGAGUUCUGGACUGUGAAAGAUCAGAGGCCCCGGAUUGAGUGGAAAAAGAAAGAAAAAGGAGUCACAUUCGUGUAUUUUAAUGAAAAAUUUACAGACUCUUAUGCAGGACGGGCAAAGAUAGAGGGAGCGACUCUGACGAUACACUCCGUCACUCAGAAGGACUCGGGGGAGUACCGCUGUGAGGUCACUGCCAGUGAGGACAAAGACAACCUCGGAGAGACCACUGUGACCCUAAAUGUUCUUGUGCCUCCUCAUGUCCCGUCCUGUGAGGUGCCGAAGUCUGUGUUUGUGGGUGCAGGCCUGGAUCUCUUCUGUAAGGACAAACUCAGUGUGCCUCCAGCCACCUAUCGCUGGUUCAAAGACAACAAGGCUCUGACAGCCACAGCAGAUACUCCGUACAGCAUCGACCCAAACAAAGGCACACUGAAGUUCAAGAGUGUGUCCAAAUCAGACGCAGGGAUGUAUCGCUGUGAAUCCUCCAACAACGUGGGGGCGCCAAAGAGCUGUGUGGCCCAGCAGCUAAAAGUUACUGAAUAUCCCUUGAAUCUGACGGUUUUGAUAGCUGGAGCUGUGGGUUUUCUGUUGCUCACAUUACUCUGCUGCAUCUGUGUUUGUGUCUGCCGACGGCGAGGCUGCUGCAAGAAGAACAAGAAAACAAAGAGCACUAAAUCCUACAACCCUCCUCCACCUCCGCCUCCACCCAUCCGCAACCUCAAACACUACAAACAAACUCAGUCCUUUAUGAUCUGAGGGGGAAAACUCUCUGACUUUGACUUUAAACUGUCGACUAACUACAAUGAAAACUUCAAUAUGCUGAAAAGUUUCAACAGUCGCCUCACGGAUUAAUGGCUUCAUACUUUACGGAAGGAUAAAUGUAAAGAUCUUCAAAUGUCGACUAAAGAAUAAAGACAACAGGAAUAUGCUGACAUUUUUUUGUCCACAUUUUGAAGGAGAGUUCCAACUUUUUCUGCAAACUUCAAGUCUUGCAACUCACACUUUCAAAUGCUUUAACGCAAAGUAUUUUACCAUUAUGUGUGUCUUGAGUGUUUUCAGGCAUUUACAGGGUCAAUGUUCAGUGCUGUCGCUAUGUUAAGCUCUCCUGUGCCACCUAUAGGCAUGUCAGUGUAGCAAAUCCACACUGAUGAUUUCAAGUUAUGUACACUUUUCUUUCUUUUUGUUUCAUUUAUAUAAAAGCAGAGAUUUUGUUUGG